AUGAAGGGGAUAUCGUUCCUUCUUCUUCUUACCAUCGACCCACCAGCCGGUGCUGUUGGAGGUUUGACACUUCUUAGUGAACGUGAAGUGAAUAAACAAUGGUUCAUCUGGAAGCAGCAACAUGGUCAAGCGUAUUCAGAGAAAGAAGAGGCCUAUCGCAGAAGCGUAUUUGCACGAAACCUUCUUUAUGUCAAAGGCCACAAUAUACGCGUUAAGGCUGGGCUUGAGAGCUAUUCGACUGCUCUGAACCAGUUUGCUGAUCUAGAAGUUAGUGAGUUCACUGAACGUUUUCUUGGAACAAGACCGGAGAGUAGAGUAGCCGGAAAGAGUGGAAAGACUUGGAAAGCAUCCACCUCUGUUUCUGAUCUUCCAGACAUGGUUGAUUGGAGAGACAAGAAUCUUGUCACAGAGGUCAAAAACCAGGGCAAUUGUGGGUCGUGUUGGGCGUUCUCCUCAACAGGCGCGUUGGAGGGCGCGUUGGCCAAGAAGACAGGCAAGCUAAUCAGUCUGUCCGAGCAGCAGCUGGUUGAUUGUACACUGGAAAAUGGUAACGAUGGUUGCAAUGGCGGCUACAUGUCCAACGCUUUCAAAUACCUUGAGGGACACUCCAUCGAACCUGAGAGUGCCUACCCCUAUCGGGCCACUGAUGGUCCAUGCCGUUACAACGAAAGUCUUGGCGUUGGAAGCGUCACCGAUAUUGGCGAUAUUCCAGAGGGGAACGAGACGGCUCUCAUGGAGGCGGUAGCCACAGUUGGCCCGAUUUCGAUUGCAAUUGAUGCCAGCACACUAGGCUUCAUCCAUGGAAUCUACAAAAGCCAUUGGUGCUCGAGCAAAUUCCUCAACCACGGCGUUCUUGCGAUUGGUUACGGAAAACUCGACGGAAAACCCUAUUGGUUGGUGAAAAACAGUUGGGGCUCCAGGUGGGGAAUGAAGGGCUACAUAAUGAUGGCAAAGGACUACCACAAUAUGUGUGGUGUUGCAUCCCUGGCUGAUUUUCCAUACGUUUAA